AUGGGGGGCAGCCUCGGACGGCCCGCUCUGACCUGGUUCGUGCCACGUCUUCAGACCAGGGUUUGGGCCGUUCUGGACUCCGUGGCUGUGGGGGGCUUUGGCGCGGGGAAGCGGCUUCUGCUCUCGCUGUCCUCCGGGGCUGCCUCGCUCGCCGGCUGGGGCCUUCCUUCACUCGGUCAGGCGGCUUCUGGGCCCCCCUUGGGCCCCCGAGAGUGCGGGAAGCGAGCGAGCGAGCCUGCCGCCAGCCCCGGCCACAGUGGCCGCUCGCUCGCCUUCCUCGUGGCUGCUCGGGCGGGGGGGGGGGCUCCCCCGCUGGCCGUCCCUCCUCGGGCUUGGGGAAAGCUCUUUCCUUGCCAGCAGACCCGCCUGUCCUCGUCCUCGGAGAGCCGGGCCUGGCUCGAGGCCGAGAUCGCCGUCUUUGCCAGAAGGCAGCCCGGGCAGGCCUGGAUGGCCGUCUGCGGUGACAUCACUCAGAAGGGCUACGAGAAGAAGAGGGCCAAGCUGCUGGCGCGCUACAUCCCGCUCAUUCACGGCGUCGACCCCUCCCUCCAAGCAGAGAACAGAGUGCCAGGCUCCUCGCAGAUGCCCGCUGCCAGCUCCAAACAGCCGAAGGCCCGGUCCGCCAACUCGAGGGACGAGCGCUUCCGAUCCGACGUGCACACGGAAGCGGUGCAGGCGGCGCUGGCCAAGUACAAGGAGCGGAAGAUGCCCAUGCCCUCCAAGCGGCGCUCGGUGCUCGCCCACUCCUCCGUGGACACCUACACACCGCCAGACACCUCCUCAGCCUCCGAAGAUGAGGGCUCGCUUCGGCAGCAAGGGCGACUCCCUUCGGCUCCGUUCCCAAGCCAUUGCGGCGUAGAACCCUGGCUUCAUCGGGCCAUUCAGGGCUCCUCCACCUCAUCUUCCAACUCAUCCACUUCAUCCCACCCGGGAGGGAAACCUGCCGCUGCUUCCAAUACGGCUCCCGUUGCCUCCGCUGCCGCCACAGCGCUUGCAGAUCUCAUGGCCCGCGCUCAGCUAGAGAGCCAUCCUGCCCCUCCCGACGUGACCACCGGCCUUGUGGAGCAGCCCCGCCACGAGCGCCCCCAGGUCGCCUCCGUGAGAGGGGUCCCUCGCGGCUAUAGCAGCAGCAUCCUGGAAACGGCCGAUGGCGUCCCGGUGAAUAGCAGAGUGUCUUCGAAAAUCCAGCAGCUUCUAAAUACCCUCAAGAGACCCAAGCGGCCCCCCUUGAAGGAGUUCUUUGUGGACGACUUCGAAGAACUGUUAGAAGUCCACCAGCCGGACCCCAACCAGCCCAAGCCGGAGGGAAGUCAGAUGAUGGUGCUCCAAGGGGAGCCUUUAGGCGUGGGCUCCAACUGGCCCCCGUCUCUGCUGGCGGCCCUGCAGCGCUGGGGCACCACCCAGCCCAAAGCCCCUUGUCUCACGGCCCUGGACACCACCGGCAAGGCCGUCUACACCUUGACCUACGGCAAACUUUGGAGCCGCAGCGUGAAGCUGGCCUACACCCUCCUGCACAAGCUCCCCAGUAAAAGCGAGCCCCUGCUGAAGCCGGGAGACCGGGUGGCGCUCGUGUUCCCUAACAGUGAUCCUGUGAUGUUCAUGGUGGCCUUCUAUGGGUGCCUCCUGGCAGAGCUCAUCCCCGUGCCCAUAGAGGUGCCACUAACGAGGAAGGAUGCCGGGAGCCAACAGAUCGGCUUUCUCCUGGGCAGCUGCGGGGUGACGCUGGCUCUGACCACGGACGCUUGCCAGAAGGGGCUGCCCAAGGCUCCCACGGGAGAAGUGGCCACGUUCAAAGGCUGGCCUCGCCUCGUCUGGUUCGUGAUAGACGGGAAGCACCUGGGAAAGCCGUCCAGGGACUGGCAGCCGCCCGUGCGGGACGCCAGCGCCGAAACCGCCUACAUCGAGUACAAGACAAGCAAAGAAGACAGCACCGUGGGCAUCACCGUGUCUCACGCGUCCGUGCUGGCCCAGUGUCGGGCGCUGACCCAGGCGUGCAGCUACGCCGAAGCGGAGACUCUAACCAACGUCUUGGACUUCAAAAGGGACGCUGGCCUGUGGCACGGGGUCCUAACGAGCGUCAUGAACCGAAUGCACGUUGUCAGUAUUCCUUACGCCCUCAUGAAAGUGAACCCCCUUUCGUGGAUUCAGAAAGUGUGCUCCUACAAAGCCCGGGUGGCGCUGGUGAAAUCCCGAGACAUGCACUGGUCUCUCCUGGCCCAGCGAGAUCAGAGGGACGUGAGCCUGAGCUCUCUGCGGAUGCUGAUCGUGGCCGACGGAGCCAAUCCGUGGUCAGUAUCUUCCUGUGACGCCUUCCUCAAUGUCUUUCAGUCCAGAGGUUUGAGACCCGAGGUUAUCUGCCCCUGUGCCAGCUCCUCCGAGGCCCUCACCGUCGCCAUCCGCAGGCCCCCCGAUGCGGGCGGCCCUCCCCCAGGCAAAGCCGUGCUGUCCAUGAGCAGCCUCAGCUACGGCGUGAUCCGAGUGGACACGGAAGAAAAGCUGUCCGUCCUGACGGUCCAGGACGUCGGCCAGGUCAUGCCCGGAGCCAACGUGUGUGUGGUGAAGGUGGAAGGCACCCCCUACCUCUGCCGCACGGACGAAGUCGGGGAAGUGUGCGUCCAUUCGGGGGCGACCGGCACGGCCUACUACGGCCUGGUCGGAAUCACCAAGAACGUGUUUGAGACGAUCCCGGUCACGGCAGGAGGCGCGCCCAUCUCGGAGCAGCCCUUCACGAGGACGGGAUUGCUGGGCUUCAUCGGGCCAGCCAAAAGCGUGAACCUGUCGUGUGUGCGCACGUGCAUGGUGGUGGCGGAGGAGAGGCCGCGGAUCGCGCUGACGCAGUCCUUCUCGAAGCUCUUCAAGGACUUGGGCCUGUCGGCCCGGGCCGUGAGCACCACCUUUGGGUGCCGAGUGAACGUGGCCAUUUGCCUACAGGGCACGGCCGGGCCCGACCCCACCACGGUGUACGUCGACAUGAGGGCCCUGCGCCAUGACAGGGUGCGGCUAGUAGAACGGGGCUCCCCGCAUAGUUUGCCCUUGAUGGAGUCCGGAAAGAUUCUCCCUGGCGUCAAGGUGAUCAUCGCCCACACAGAAACGAAGGGGCCCCUCGGCGACUCCCACCUGGGCGAGAUUUGGGUGAGCAGCCCCCACAACGCCACGGGCUACUACACGGUCUACGGGGAGGAGUCGCUGCACGCCGACCACUUCAGCGCUCGCCUCAGUUUUGGGGACACCCAGACCAUCUGGGCCAGGACAGGCUACCUGGGCUUCCUCCGAAGGACGGAUCUCACUGAUGCCAGUGGAGAGAGGCACGAUGCCCUGUACGUGGUGGGCUCCCUGGACGAGACCCUGGAGCUUCGGGGCAUGCGGUACCACCCGAUCGACAUCGAGACCUCCGUGAUCCGAGCCCACAAGAGCAUCGCCGAGUGCGCCGUGUUUACGUGGACCAACCUGCUGGUGGUGGUGGUGGAGCUGGAAGGCCCCGAGCAGGAGGCGCUGGACUUGGUGGCGCUGGUGACCAACGUCAUCCUGGAGGAGCACUUCCUCAUCGUGGGCGUCGUGGUCAUCGUGGACCCCGGGGUCAUCCCCAUCAACUCCCGGGGGGAGAAGCAGCGCAUGCACUUGCGGGACGGCUUCCUGGCCGACCAGCUGGACCCCAUCUACGUGGCCUACAACAUGUGAAUGUGGGCCGGAUACCGGCCCCGAGCCCUGCCCGCUGCCCAGAACCGGAGCCCCUGGGGGUUGGGGGUCAGGAGUCGGGGGUCACCCAGCCACGAGGGGAAAGCGUGGCGGCUUCAUCGACUGCCGUCCCCGCCGCUGCGCCCGUUCCGGCCACUGGCGGCAGCAAAUCGGGGGGUUCUUUGAGCCCCGACGCGGCCCCCGCUCCCUCGGGGGGGCGUCUCGGUCCUGCCUGCAGGAUCCUGCCGCGUCGUGCCCACCGGCGAGGGGCGCCCGGCUUUGCUCUACUGCAUUCUGAGUGUUUUUGCACAUUCUGAAACUCGGAAAUGCAAUACCCGCUUUUUUAUGGUUGGUGUUUGUCACCGACUCCUUCGUUCCCGCGUCGCGGACGCGUCCCUCGAGAGGAGGGGGCCGAAGGACCAAAGCUGCGCCCCUCCUCGUCUAAAAGGCGCCCGCAGCAGGAGCUCCCCCACGCCCCCGCCCCGCCCGGGCUCUCGGGUCACGGGUGCCCCCGGAGUUCCCGCGCCUGGCUGCCCUGCUGGUUCCGGAGGGCCCGUCAGCAUCCGCCUCAGAACGUGCCACUCGGUCCGUGACGGCCGUCCGGAGGGAUGCCGUCCUCGGCGUCCUCCGUCAGGAAGUCCCGUCUCGCGCACACGCACGCACGCGCACGCACACGCACGCACACCCCCGCCAGGCGGACUCUCCUGUUGCUGCUGCUGCUGCUGCUGCUCAGACUCUGGCGUGGUCGUCGUGCCCGCCGGGCCUCGGGCCACGUCCCUCCCUGGCUCCGAUGGACGUUGGCCAGGAGGGGGCCCCCUUCGGACGCUCGAGCAUUCGGGGACGAGCUCGAGUCCAGCAAACAGAUUAUUUUUCUACGGCUAAUAAAGAAUCGGCUCGCUGGGGGCGUCCCGGGCCCGGCUUUCCCUGCGGGCCACACGUGGCUGGAUCAGUGCCUAAGAAAGCCAGUGGUUCUUCCGUCUGCGGAAACCCAACGAGUCUGGCGGGCACAGCGGGCACGGCUCAGCCUGCCGCCCUUCUCUGCCCAUGCGGAGCUCCGGGGAGAGCAGUUCUGUUGGCCCUUGUGGGCUUUGGCUGUGGCCUACGAUCCAAAUCCCUACGAAAACUCACGGCGUCGUGAUGUAAUUAUGUACAGAACUGCUAACUUAUUAGGGGAAGCCCGGCACGGCGGCCGCGGCAGUGGACGGACCUUCCUCGGACGGGCCUAGGCCGGCCACCGGCAGGGGAGAAGAACUACCUAAGCCCAGUUUUCAUGUUGUAGUUUUAUAGCCAAUAAAACAUCGUCAGACUUUUGUAUGGAAAGAUCGGCACGACGAGUUGCCUUGUAAAGUGAGAUUUUCAGAAGCACAUUAAAGACGUUUAAAAUGACUGGA